ACAGACGCAAAACCCAUACAUCGCAUCACUGCACAUGAACCUCCAAGAUCCUCAGCCAUCACUUCCUCCGUUCCUCUCCACCCUCUGCCCUGCUCGUCCCUCCUUCCCGCUCCUCACCACCGCCGCCGCCGUCUUUCCGAAUCUCAGAGGGCAGCGGGAUGGAGGUCAGGGUGUGGACCGUGUGUGCGCUUUCUGCGUUCGUGCUGGGAUGGACGGCGGCUCAGAGUCAGAACAACUACACCAGGCCCGUCUUCAAGUGCGGGGGUCACCUGGUCGUCGAUUCGGGCAUCGUGGCCAGCGAGGGUUUCCCCAGUCCUUACAAAGCCAACAGUAAAUGCACCUGGUACAUCACUGUCCCAGAAGGUCACGUGGUCAUGCUGUCCUUCCGCCUAUUCGACAUGGAGGCCGAGCCCACCUGCCGCUACGACUACUUGGACGUCUACAACGGCCACACGCGCUUGGUUCAGAAGCUGGGCCGCUUCUGCGGGACGUUCCGGCCCGGCGCGCUCAUGUCCACCUCCAACACGAUGAUGCUGGACAUGGUGUCGGACGAGGCCACGGGCGGGAGAGGCUUUUUGGCCUACUUCCGGGCGGGGAAGCCGCAUGUGGAAGAGAAUCAAUUCUGCGGCGGGCGGUUGACCAAAUCCCAGGGAUCCGUCCAGACGCCCAACUGGCCCAACUCCAACUACCCGGCAGGCAUCAGCUGCUCCUGGUACAUCUCGGUCGAGCCGAGCAACGUGAUCGAGGUGAAGUUUGAGAAGCUGGACCUGGAACCGGACACGUACUGUCGCUAUGACUACGUGGCUCUGUUCAACGGGGGGGAGAGAGACGACUCCAGGCGAAUUGGGAAGUUCUGCGGCGACAGGAUACCGGGGACGAUCGUGACCAAUGGAAAUCAGCUCCUCGUCCAGUUCGUCUCCGACCUCAGCGUGACCUCGGAUGGCUUCAUGGCGUAUUAUAACAGCGUGCCCCGAGGCUCCCGGACUCCCACCGCCGGGGGAGACUUCAUCCAUCGAUCCGAGACCCCCUCCACGACACGGAAACCGGCCGUGAAGCCAAACAAACCCAUCAAAACCACACCCAAACCGAUCAAAACCACACCUAAACCCAAGCCUAGCGUCCAGCCGAAAGCCACCCCGAAACCAGCCAAAAAACCAGUCGUGAAGACUCCAAUAAAGCCUCCGCCGCGCAAACCGACGAGCAAGCCGUCUGCUAAGCCCAAAACGGCCAAACCCACCCCCAGAGUGCCUGUGAAAAAGCCUACACCCAAACCCAGAACAAAACCUUCACCCAAACCCAAAGUCAUCAAAGUCGACAAACCGACACGCAAGCCUGCACCCAAGACCAAACCCACUCCCAAAGCAGCCGUCAAACCGGUCAAACCCACCCCUAAAAGUAAACCAAAAGUCAAACCUACGCCCAAAACUAAAGUGACGCCCAAACCUGGAGUGAGCAAGGUGGUCCCGAAGAAGCCGGCAGUGAGCAAGAAACCUUUGCCCUUGAACCCUUUGUGCACGCAAGCCUGCAAGAGGACGGGAACUCUGCUGUCCAACUUCUGCCCCAACGACUUCGUGGUUACAGGAAAGGUUACGGAUGUGAUCCCUGGUCUGAGAGGUUCUGCCACAGUGGAAGUGUCUCUCAUUAAAGCCUAUAAGGCAGGAAAACUGAAGAUCACCAAAGCAGGACCGGCCACGACUAUCAAACUGAUCUCGACCUGCAAGAGAUGCCCGGGGCUGACCAAAGGACAAAACUACGUGCUCAUGGGAAAAGUGGACCCCCAGGGCAAAGGCCUCCUGAGCCCGUCCAGCUUCACCCUCCUGUACAAGCCGGUGCACGCCAAAGCCCUCGCCGCCCUGAUGGGUAAAGCAUGCUGACAUCACAGCCACUUCAACCAAUAACCAAUCACAGGGUGGGGAGAGGGGGGUUGGGGGAGGAGACACACCACAAACAUGAAUAUAUUAUAAUAUCCACCAAGAUUCUUGUUGUUAUACCUAAAAAUAAAGCAUACAUCAUGAGUAUAUUUUUUAUUUUGUAUGUAAAUUAUGUUUUAAAAAAACAAAAAACAAUAAAGUAUGUGAUGUUGGUG